UCCGCUGGAUCCAUUGUGAGGAAAUUGCCAUUCGCCGGCAGCGGCGGCACAUCUGGGCGGGCGCAUCUGGCAAACAACAUCGGCUCCCGCCGCCUGCCUCCAACGUCCUCCAACCGGCCGAACGGAUCUCACCGGGCCGCCGGGGAGGCUCCUGCUCGUCAGCCCCGGGCUCAUUCUUUCGGGCUGAAUCUUAAAAAAACCCUGGCAGCGCGGGGGGUGGGGUGGGGUGGAAAUAAAGGCUGCUAUUUUUUUCCCCUGGGCUUUAUUUCAUGGGGAUGUGUUCAAGACAAGAGAGGAUUCAGAAGGAUAUUGACGUUGUGAUCCAAAAGUGCAAGGCGGAGAAGGACUGCCUGUUUGCAGAUUUCAGGUACUCAGACUCCACCUUUACCUUCACCUAUAUUGGAGGCUCCAAAAGUGUGUCCUAUUCAGUGCAUGUCUCUGAGGAUUACCCAGAUAACACUUACGUUUCCAGUUCUGAUAACGAUGAAGAUGUAUUAGUCACAACAGAGCCAAUUCCAGUAAUUUUCCACCAAAUUGCUACAGAAUUAAGAAAAACCAGUGAUGUCAACUAUUGCUUAUCCAUAAAGUCAAAAUUACAGAGGGAGAAUGGAGAGGAGUCACGGCACAGCAGCACAGUUGAAGAAGACUCUGAAGGAGAUAAUGACUCUGAGGAAUUUUAUUAUGGAGGACAGGUUAGCUAUGAUGGAGAACUUCACAAGCACCCACAGCUGGAGGCUGAUUUAACAGCAGUGAGAGAGAUCUAUGGACCUAAUGCAGUAUCUCUCAGGGAAUAUGGAGCCAUUGAUGAUGUAGAUAUUGAUCUACAUAUUGAUGUUAGCUUUCUUGAUGAGGAGAUUGCUGUGGCUUGGGAUGUAAUUCGCACAGAGCCUAUAAUAGUGCGCCUGCACUGUUCACUUACACAGUACCUAAAUGGUCCAGUGCCAACUGUGGAUGUAUUUCAGAUCUCUACUAAGGAAAGAUUUGGGCUGGGACAUCAGCUGAAAAAAAUUAUGCAGACAUUUGUUACACAACAGUGGAAGAACAGUAAAGAAAAAUCUAACUGUACGCACAAUAAAAAGGUGUCUGACAAAAAGGUGAAAUCCCCUCUGCACAUCUUUUCUACAUUGCGCAGGCACAGAAUUUCAAAGAGAAAAGACAUUAGAAAGCGUAAGAAAGAGUUUAUGAAUAGUUUGAAUGAAUUUGAAUGUAAUACGAUUUCUGCCAGUUGCUCAUACUCGUCGCCAAGUUAUCCUCCACCUGGCUGUGGUAAAAAUAAAUCGAAACUGAAGUCAGAACAGGAUGGCAUCUCCAAGACUCACAAAUUACUGAGAAGGACUUGCUCUAGCACAGUGAAGGCGGAGGAUGUGUGUGCCACAAAAUCUCACAGAACCUUUGGCCGCUCGUUAUCGAGUGACCCUAGGGCUGAACAGACAAUGGCUCUUAGAUCGCACAAACUGCUGAGUCGCGCUUGCUCUGCAGCUGUCAAGCAGGAGGAGUGCAUCACUUUAAAGCCCCAUAAGGUGUUAAAUAGGUCGUGCUCUGGGGAUCCUCGAUGUGAGCACAACAGCACCUUGAAGCCCCACAAACUUUUAAGCAGAUCCUACUCCAGUAACCUUAGAAUGGAAGAAUUGGAUGGAUUGAAGAAUCACAAGUUGCUCAGCAAGACUUACUCCAAUGCCCCUAAAUCAUCCAAAAUGGAGCCUUUCAAGGAGUCCACCAUGGCAGAGAGCAGGAGGCUCUCUCUUACCUCAGGGCUUAUUGGUAUCUUAACACCAUCCUCAUCAUCACCUUCACAAGCUGCUCAAAAUUAUGGUGCAAAAUGCAUUCCAGUGCGAGACCGUGGCUUUCUUGUACAGACUAUUGAAUUUGCUGAGCAGCGGAUACCAGUAUUGAAUGAAUACUGUGUAGUUUGUGAUGAACCUCAUGUGUUCCAGAAUGGCCCUAUGCUAAGGCCCACUGUUUGUGAACGGGAACUCUGUGUAUUUGCUUUCCAAACAUUAGGAGUGAUGAAUGAAGCUGCUGAUGAAAUUGCAACUGGGGCACAGGUGGUUGAUCUGUUAGUAUCUAUGUGUCGGUCUGCAUUAGAAUCACCUAGGAAAGUUGUCAUUUUUGAGCCAUAUCCUUCUGUAGUUGAUCCUAAUGAUCCUCAGAUGCUGGCCUUUAACCCCAGGAAGAAGAACUAUGACCGAGUCAUGAAAGCAUUGGACAGUAUCACUUCCAUCAGAGAAAUGACACAGGCACCUUACUUGGAAAUAAAGAAGCAGAUGGAUAAACAAGACCCGCUUGCACAUCCUCUUCUGCAAUGGGUUAUUUCUAGUAAUAGAUCACAUAUUGUGAAGCUACCAGUGAAUAGGCAACUGAAGUUUAUGCACACUCCCCACCAGUUCCUUCUUCUCAGCAGUCCACCAGCCAAAGAAUCCAAUUUCCGAGCUGCUAAAAAUCUCUACGGAAGUACCUUUGCAUUUCAUGGUUCACACAUUGAAAAUUGGCAUUCCAUCCUGAGGAACGGUUUAGUUGUUGCUUCCAAUACGAGGCUGCAGCUCCAUGGUGCAAUGUUUGGAAGUGGAAUCUACCUUAGUCCAUUGUCAAGCAUAUCAUUUGGUUACUCAGGGAUGAACAAGAAGCAGCAGAAGGUGUCAGCUAAAGAUGAACCAGCUUCAGGCAGUAAGGGUGGUAAUACAUCACAGUCACAGAAGAAAGGACAGCAGUCACAAUUUUUGCAAAGCCGUAACUUAAAAUGCAUAGCCUUAUGUGAAGUGAUAACCUCACCUGAUCUGCACAAACAUGGGGAGAUAUGGGUAGUUCCCAACACGGAUCACGUGUGUACAAGAUUUUUCUUUGUUUAUGAAGAUGGUCAAGUGGGUGAUACAAGUAUAAAUACACAGGAACCAAACAUUCACAAAGAGAUUCUUCGAGUCAUUGGCAAUCAAACUGCUACUGGUUAAAAGGACCACUCUUAUUUAAUUGAUGUGAAGCCUUCCUCAGUCUCAAAGCUGGAUUUUGAACUGAAGAAGAUGCAAAAAACUAAUUUAUUAUUACUACACUAAGCAAAUUAACCAUUUGAAUACUUACUGUUUUCUUACUUAGUAUUUCGUAUCUCAUCAAAAUACCUGAGAUGGUAUCAAUUAGCAACUGCAGGGGUGCAAAGUCUAUUAUUAUACUAAAACAAUUAAUAAUUAAACAGGCAUUUGGGUUGCUCACAAUAAACAGACAUUAAAAAGGACUUUUGUGCUCAUAUUUUUAUACUAAGCUUCAAUUGGAAGUUUUAGUACUGUAUACUGAUAUUUUAAAUUUAGAAUGAAUUACAAGUAAGAGAGAAGAUUUUAUAGCGGAGCACCUGUAUUAUACAGGAUACUUUGCAAUAAGUAAAAUAUUCUCGUAUUAAAACACAAUAAAAGGUUGUCUGGAACAUGUAAAAUUGAAGAGAAUGGUUACCUGCAGCUAUCUUUGAUUCUUUUUAUUUUACACAAAUGCAGUUAGCAUUUAAACUCAAAGGUGAAACAACAAUGCAUUUUUUAUUUACUGGGUGAAACAAAGCAAAAUGAAUGUGAUGGUAUAUAUUUAGCUUUCUUUAUCUUCUCUGAAACACUGUCUUACCCAUUAAGCAGCUCAGUUGCAUUUUUUAAUUAUACAAGCCUAGGAAACACCUGGAAAACCUAAAGCUGUUAAUUUCCUUUUUAGAAUUUUUGUUUUUAUAUACUAGAUUUUACAAUUUCAUUAGAUCAACAAGGUUUUUUAAUGUUUGCAUCUUAACUUCAGUGAAACUGCUCUGUGAUGAAAUUUAUCCACAUAUUUUAAAGUAUGUGCUGAGUUAAGGCUUUUACAUGGUUGAGUUGAUUGUUGGUGCACCAGAAAAUAUAUACAAAUGCAAAAUUCUCCUGAUUUUGUCUUGGUAAAAUAGUUUUAUUAAUUAAUUUCUAAGCUAUAAGAAAUCGAUUUAAAUAUCUCUGUCUUUUAAAUUAACAACUGUUUUUUCCAAGUGAGUAGGAUGGCAACACAGAUAGAGAAGGGUCCAGUCUCCAAGACAAAAAGCAUACCCUGUGCCCUGCUGAAUGCCCUUGGCAGCCCUCAUGGUGGCUAUCCUGAAGCAUCAACCACACCAUUGAAUAUGGAGAGCAAUUCAGCUUACCCAUCUGUGCAACUACUACAAGCCACCUCAGAAAGCAAAAAUAGACUGAAACCUCUCUUAUGUUACUUUCAUAAUAAAGAUACUAAAGCACCAA